CGACCGCAUUUGUCUCACGUGAAACUUUCAUCCAUGGAUGCAUCAGCAACCAGAUAUGACAAGGGUGGCCCGUUGGAAGAUCUGCUGUCUCCGGACGGAGAAACCAACAACUGGUUAGCACAUAACAUCCGCUGUGUGGAUGAGGAUUAUAUUUCAGCAGUUGUCGUCGCAGAGUGGAAAGCCAAUGUGGAACCGGUCACAUACAGGUACGUACCAAAUAAUGGGUCCUACCGUAAAACAAAAAACUUAAAACGAGAUGACACAACAUUCGAGAGAAAGGUGCCUCUUAGUUGGCAUCAGAGAAAACUACAAAAAGAAAUUCAAAGAGACCUGAAAAGAGGUUUGACUUUGCAAAGGCCGCUGAUAUCUAAACCGGAAGCCGAGAAUGUUGCCAGCAGGAAUGGACAACUGAACCGGGAGAGAUCUAAAUCAGAUGUGACCUUGGAAUACAAUGCCGCCAGGGCACACCAAAGACUAUCGCCGGUUUUAUUGCCCGCAUUAGACGACUCAUUAGUGCUUCACGCUGUCAAUGACAAAUUCAUUGAAACUUUCACCUCAAGACUGUCCGCACUGGAUGAGGAAAUCCAACGUGACGCGAAAUUGUAUCGAAAGUCUCGACCGGAAGACGAGCUAAAGGGGGCUUUUACCCGGGCGAGGAUCAAGGAUUCCAGAGUGGCACCGCUGGGAGCAGAGGCUCUCACUAACGAGACCUUUUCCAUUAAACCCCUUAGAGGUAGGCCCCAGCUUCGACCCCUUGAAAAAGUCACACCUCAGCAGCGUAUCACGGAGGAUUUGGGAAAAAUGGCCGUGGCACAGUUGAAAUACACCACCGUGUCUAAAGGAGAGAUUCAGAACGUUCCAAUGGACAACAACAUCUUCAAUGCCUCUAAUGCCCGUCUAUUACAGAACGUUCACUACAAACUGUCUGGAGAGGCGGUCGAUGGAGCAGACGAAGAGGAGGUAGCGGCGCUGACCAAGGCCAUAACCGCAACCAAAGUUAUUCCCAACAACAAGUACUCCAUCACAAAACUCCUGUCCACUAAAAAGUCUCGCAAAAACUCGGACAAAGAUUCCGUCUUGAGUGAGAAACUUCUAGCUUCUCCGCGGAUCACAACUCACGUCGAUAAAGAUUACAAUUCUAACACACAUCGCAAAGAAGAGACUUUAGAUGGAGAGUUUUUCUCUGGAAUUUCUGGGAAACACAUGGCCGUGCCUUUGGCGUUUAAUGGAUGAGGGAACAUAUGCUUCGAUGGUUGUGACAUGAAGAUGGAAUAUAAAACUCUCGAUGUUGUGUUUAUUUGCCAAAACCGUGUAUUAAUUUAUGGAUAACCCAACUUUAUAACUGAGAAAUGGACCAUGUACUACAUUAAAAUCCAUUUCAAAGAGUAAGACAUUAACACAAUGUUAUAUUUUAUGACAUGUUCUUGGCAAAAGCUAGACAAGUUCAUUGGAAUCCUUUUAUUUAUCAAAAACCAUAAUACAUAGACCAAGAAUUCAGUGAAUAAUGACUCACGUUUAGAAUAUAAGGACGUGAUGGGCUGAACAUAUGGUAUUUGUGGACGUGACGGUGAAAAUGAGGGUAUUGUGAUUAUGCACUAUUUAUAUUCGUGAUAGUAUUGUGGUGAUGUAUUAUUUAUAUAAAUGAAAGUAUUGUACAUGAUUGGACAAUAUUUAUACAUAUGACAGUGCAUGUGCGGGUAAUACAUGUCUGUAUGUACACACGACAGUAUUGUGAUCAUGAUAUAUUUAUAUGUGUGGCAGUAUUGUAAUGAUGCACAUGUAUUAUCAAUAUACAUGAAAGUAUUGUGUACGAUCGGACAAUAUUUAUAUACAAGACAGCAUUAUGAUCAUGCACGUAGCAUUUGUGUAUUUUAAUAAGACAGGCAUGCAGUAUUUUAAUCAAGCUUGCAUACAGUAUUGUUGAUUCGAUACAGUAUUUGUGUGAUAGUGCAUGCAAGCUUUAUUUGGACCAUUGGGUUUUUGCACUUGCGUGUAUUCAUUAUGGUACUUGGAACCUUAGCAAUGAC